AUGCCACAGCAACGGCUCGAUUCUGAAGAGGAAACCAGUACCAGAAGGCCAACAACUACAACUUCUACUAGAGCGACAACUGCGACCAGUACGGCACCCAGGACCACCACUUCAGCCUCAGCCGAGCGAAGAGUACCAGUGCUUGAAAGAGCUCGGGAGAUUGAGCCAGCUAGGGCGGAAAAAUCUAAAUUUAUCUCGGCUGCGCAGAAAAAUGACGAUGUGCCCGAUCGUGCAGUGUCUGAGAGCGAAAGCAGCACUCAGGCCAACGGCGACAAGAGAUCUUCUCCAUCAUUGAUUACUGUGUAUGAAGUAACGACGUCAGCUGUGAAAAAUAGAGAGAUACACGAAACUUAUAAGCCACCUGUACCGUGGUGGGUUGCCGUUGCUGUUGGUUUCAUUGUGUCAGUAGUAAUCGCUUGGGCUGUCGUAAUUCUGCUGCGAAAGUGAGU